CACUGCGUGACAGUGUUGGAACGCGGCCUGUUGUAUUCCUCUGACUCGCUCCCCUUCAUUCACAGUGGAUAGCAGCAUGGAGGCUCUGACUCCCGGGAUCUAACACCGAGCAGCGGGGGGUAACGACACUGCCGCAUGCGCUCUUCCCCUCACCAAAACACACAGGAAGGAGGGAAGACGACACGGAACGGUUUCCCAUUAGGAUUUAACCGAUUUGACCGAAGAAGUGAGGCUUUCAGUCGGCGGCAGGAGCGGGGGAAGCCCGCGGUGGUUAGCAUGAAGCGGGUGGCUGUUGUGGCCAGGCACAAUGGCCUCGUCUCUCCGCUGGGGAACAACAACUCCGGGGCCUCCAACAUCGUCUCGUCGCCCCAGCAGCGCACUACCAUCGUUACCGCCCCCGCCGAAAACGUUACCGGGGGAGGAGUGGACGGCCUGCUUGACUACUCCAAAGGCCCCGCCAUCAAAACCGAGCUGGUCUGCAAAUGGACCGACCGAACUUCCUCGAGACAGAGGCUGGAGCGGACGGCGACGUCUGUCUGCGACCAAACUUUCAACUCCAUGCACGAGCUGGUGGACCACGUCACCACCGAGCACGUAGCGGCGGGGCUCGAGGCCCUCAGCCAUGUCUGCAUGUGGGACGAAUGUCUGCGCGGUGGCAAGGCUUUCAAAGCCAAAUACAAACUCAUCAACCACAUCCGCGUGCACACCGGGGAGAAACCGUUCUCCUGCGCGUUUCCCAACUGCGGCAAGAUGUUCGCACGGUCUGAGAACCUCAAGAUCCACACGCGCACACACACGGGUGAGAAGCCGUUCCAGUGUGAGUUUUGUGAACGACGCUUUGCGAACAGCAGUGACCGUAAGAAACACUCGCAGGUUCAUACGGCCUCCAAGCCCUAUGACUGCAAGGCCCUAGGCUGUACAAAGUCAUACACCCACCCCAGCUCCUUGCGCAAACACAUGAAGGUCCAUGUCAAGUCGUCACCUACCUCCGAACCCCAGGACCCAUACGACUCCAUCUUGCACCAACAACACCAACAACCUCAUCAGGCUCUUCUCGAGCCACUCGACCUCAAAAUGAACCGCCUCUCUCCAUCGCUCAUUGAUAGAAACACUCAUUUCCCUGCCUUGUCCAUUCACAACUUGGAUAGCAGCUCAGUGGGAGAGGUGGACCAUAAGCUCCCUCUGCGGAGUUCAUCCCCCAUGGCCAUGCCUCUUGACCUUUCGCUGUCCGGCUUGAAGAGCCGGUUAGCCCAGCAGCAGCAGGGCACUAGGACCCCGCGGAGGAGCCAGCGGUCGGUGAACCCAGCCUUACCUCAGGUGUCUAACAUUAAGGAGUGGUACGUCUGUACCAGGACUACAGCGCAGCACUUCCCUUUACUACACCCAGAUCAUAUCAAAUCAGAGCCUAGCGAUGAUGAUGAAUACAAUACGUAGGGUUGACCAAAUUGUUGAUUUGGACUUGGAAAAACUGACAUCAGAUAUCAUCAGAUGCAGGACCAGCCAAAAGAUGGUGUGUGAAGUCAUCUUUGCUGCACUUGUUUCCAAUGUGGUCCUUACAGUAGCAGUAGAAGUUGAGCGUCACUCUCAGUUGAGGGGAUUAUAGAACCGGUGGCUGUAUGAUCGUACAUUAAUGGCCCUUCUCAGAUGGAUAAGACUGAUCAGAGGUUUUUCUCCUGCUCAACAUGAAGCUCGGUUGUGUUGGUUACUUGUAACAAAGAGAGAGUGGUCAAAGGCUGCAAGGAGCACUACAUCAUUCUGGUUGCUGAGCAACCGAAGUUUAACGAUUAAGCUAUCUAGCAGUGGCCAGGUAAAGUGAAGUAACAAAUGUUCUGAUGUUGUUGCAAGUCAAAACGGACCAGACAGAGUUAAUGAUGUCUCUGCAUGUUGAAGAAGAGGAUGAGGGGGCUCAUUCUGACACGGAGGACUGGGGUACAGGACAUCCUGCUGGGAGAACAGCACCAUUUCAUCCGCCACUAUCAUUUCAUCCAAGAGCUCCACCUAGACAAAGCCGUUUCAAGGGCUAUUUUCACAUUGAUGUAACACGGCUAAAGUUGAGACAUGUUCAACUUGGAGCCGAGGGCAGCAGCCAAAUCACCAGGCACAUAGUUUGGAGAAGACACAUGGCUGCCAACAAACCACUAAAAAUAACAGAAAACAGGUGCAGGCACAUUCAAAAAAGUGUUGUAUGUGAUCACGGCCUAAUCCAACACAGCUGGCAUUACUGGGGCUUCAGUAUGAAGACUUUUCUUUCUAUGUACUGAUUAUGAAGUUCCUCCAUAGUCGGGGAAUUACAUAGUGGUUGUAUGACACAUCCAGUAAUAGUCCAUGUCAGAUUGGAUUCGAACAUUGGAUGCACCCUGAAGCAGAUUGUUUGUAGGUAUACUUACACAAGGUUGAAUUUAAACAUUUUAAUCACAUAAAUGACAGGUGGAUGUUUUGAGAAAAAGUUGAGUCACCAUUUCCAUUCAUGAUAUAGGAUGGUCAGACAUGAAUGAGUUAAAGAUCACUGAACUAACAGACCUUUGUGUUCCCUUUGGCCAUUAUGAUGUCAAGGCAGGUAGUGCAGCACUCCUUAAAACAGCAUUUAAAUCAGCAUCAGGACAUGUUUGAAGCAGAGGUUGACUUAUAAUGGGUCUUUGAUGAUCAUUUCAGAUGCUGAGUCAUCUGUUCCCCGUUUUAAAUACAUUCAUGGCUUCAGGAUAACAAAUUAAAUGUAAAAUACACUCAGUUUGAAUUAAGUCGAGUAUUGAAUUUGUAAUCAGCAUGAUGAAAAGACAUUCCUACAGCAUCAGUAUGUCCACAAAGUGACCUAGGAUGUAAUAGUUAAGGCAAGCUCAAGGAGAACAAAAGAGGCAAAAUUGCCAUAAUCAGAGGAAUUAAGUACAAGGUCCAGUGCUUAUACACGUACUUGAGUGAAGAUUCAGAUUCUUUUUCCAGCAAUGCACGUGUUCAUUGUUUUAGGCUCUUUCGAGGGAGUCAGUAGGGGAGUUGUGCUGGCCACAGUCCAUUGAUCACCAUACCAUAAAAAUGAGCAAACCAAAGUACUCACUGCCAGUGCUAGGAUUUCUUUCAGAAAUUGAUUUGACACUUCUUAUUGCCUUUUCAGAUGGCAUUCCCUGAUGAUGGCUGUAGAGACAAACUAAUCCAGGCGGAUACAAACUAAUCCAGGCAGAUACAGGUGGGGGUUGACUGGCUCUCUGACUUCCCCUUCCUUGUAAACUCAAGUUCACCCCCCACCCUGCUUGCCAUAGUGCCCAAACUACAAACAAUGUCCAAACUGAUACCAAUGAUGCUGGUAGCUAGAACAAUUAUGUUACCUUCCCUUAAAGUCUAAGUCAGAAAUUCCCAGCUAAUGUAUUUUAAUUACAAUCUGUGUGGGUUCAGGGUUUCAGUUUGAAAUAUGUGAGAAUCAUGGAUGGUCUUCUUUGCUUAUAAAAUUAUGCUCUCCCCAUGCAAAGGCUAAUGUUACAGUAAUGAUAUGCCUCUAUGCUAGCAGUUUUUCCUCUUUAUUCAUUUAGCAUUAGUGCACCACCACAGCAAGGACAUAACCAGCAUUGCAAGAAAAAAUAUGAAAUUAAAAUAAACCUUCUAAUUUAUCCUUAACUGUUUGUUACACAAAACUAAACCACACACAGACAAAAGUGUCUUGUUAAGAGUGAUGCCACUGGUGAACCUUUUCUGGUUCCACAAAGAACCUUUCAAACUAUUGUUCUUUAAAGAAACAUUUCUUAAAAUGGCUAAAAGGUGUCUCAAAAAGCCAUAAAACAGUUGUUUGAGGAACCAGCAAUGUUUAAGCUACUUCAAAGAAGAGAGAAGAGAAAAGGUAUAUGGAAAUAGCAGUUUAGGCUCCUUUCUAAAGCAAAAAACAAAACAGUUCUUCAAAAAAUCCCCAAAGGUGCUUCAAAGACCUGAAAAGUUCAUUGAGGAACUAGAAAUGGUUUGUCCACUUUAACCAAAAAAAAAAAAAAAAAAAAAAAAUCUCUGAAGAGCUUUUUUCACAAUAAUUCUUGAUGGUGCCAAUUGGUUCAGUGAAGAACCCCUUUAAAAUUUGUAUUAUUUUGUAUUUCCCCAAAUGAGAAACCAUCCAAUGAAUAAAGCGGUUCUUUGAGAAACCAUCUUUAGUAGUGGUUCUGGGAUAGUUCUUCAUUCAAUCACAGUCUUUCAAAUAAUGAUUAAAAACAUUUUUAAAACUAGAUCUUUACCUUGAGACAACUUAGACCCAAAGGAAGCCAGAUAUUGGACAAAACUAGAAUUAUUCCCAAAGCAUCACAGCUGCAUUAAAUUACAGAGAAAACACUGCAUAGAGGCAAUGUUAACUAGACAGCAUAAAACAUUUACCAACUGUAAGUGCAAUUUUUCAUUUCAAUUUAUAUGUUUAGUCAUUUACUACACAGGUGUUGUGACAGGUAUAUGGUAAUGUGAUGCUGAAAAUGAAACAUGACAUGUUAAAAGUAAUAGUAUCUGUAGUUUUUACAGUGUAUGCUGCCAUGUUGCCAUGAUGUUAGAAAACUGAAACUCAGAAACCCUAGGGUUUGAGAACACGUGACCUAAUUUCCCACUUGGAAAAUUCCUACAUUCCAGUUUUCCAAGAAAAAGUCAAAAUUUCAGAGUUUCUGUCAACUCUGGAAAGGUGUGCCAGGGUUAGGGUUAUUAUGGUAAUAAGUGAAUAACUGAUAGAUCUCUGAAUGGAUCAAAGAAAUGAUAUGUAACAAAAAUUUAGACGUGGAAUGAAGGAUUGAAGUUUUUGUACAUAUGGUGAUCACCUGGACUUCCAUGCCAAGCUGACACCUCAAAAUUGUGCCAGUCAAAUGUGGAGGGACAACUAACAGAAAAUAUAAUCAAAUGUAAUUUGCCAUUUGAUUUUUUAGUUUUUUUUCACAUAAGGUUUCAUCAGUAAACCCCAACUGAUCAACUUAACCCAGAGGCUAAACCGGUCUACAUUUAGAUUGAAGAUUAGAAAACAUUCCUCUUCAUUAUAGAAACAUGACCCCGCUCCAUGCCCACCCCCAGUUCUAAAUUUCAUCUAUUAGUUGACUUGUUUCUAGCUUUUGGAAAGUAGUUAAUUUCUGAAAUAUUGUUUGGCUCACCUUAGACUGUAGGAAUAAUAUGACUUGUUAAAUUUAGUUUUAAUCCCCUUUAAGGAUUCUCUAUUGUUGGACAUUUGUAUUGGUGACAAUACGUGAACAACAUAAUGACCGUGUCAGUGGCCCACAUUGCCUGAAACAUCAUUAUGGUUAUAAUGGUUGACAGAAUUUCCCCUUGUAGAGUGCCUCUCAAGCUUAUCCAUUGAUGUGUUCUUCUCCACACUCCUAUGUUAUGACAACCUUAUGAUAAUAGAGUUUGUUGCAGCAGUCACAGCCCUCUUACCAGACAAACUAAGUCCCAAAAUGAUCUGGAUAGAAAUAUAAAACUGUCUCAAAGUAUACCUAAGAAUAACGUAGAUCAAGUGGAUGGAGAGAGAUGAGUGCUAGGAGAGAAUGUGCUUACAUUGCAUAGUAAGUUUGAAUUUGCAUGAUUAUUUUGAACUGUUGAGGUCAGAAAUGAAUUUGUUGCAUAAAUGGCACUAAUUCAAAUAGAAGCUAAUGUUAAGCUUGCUGGGUAGCUCAGUGUUUGUGAUAAUUUGAUAAUAAAGUGAUAAUUUUUAUGGUUUACAAGAAGAAAAAAAUCCAUGCUGUGAUUAAGCAUGUCGACGUCAUAUAAUGAUAUAUUGCAAUGCCACUGCAAAAAAUGACCCAGCAGAACAAGAACUUUAUUCAUACAUAUUAUCAAAAUCGGUAUAAAGUGAAACCUGAAAAUUGCCAACAAAUUAAAAAAAAAAAAAAAAAAUACAAGAAGAUUACCAGAAAAUUACCAGCAAAUGAGUAAAAUAAAAUAAUUGUAUACAUAUAUAUAUAUAUAUAUAUAUAUAUAUAUUAGAAGGGGGAAAAAUCACCAACGUAGGGCACAAUUUGUAACUUUUGCACUGGGAGAGUCAACUGGGGAGGAAAAGGCUUGACUACUUAAUGACGAGAAGAACAAUGCAAAGCACCCUAAAGCUUUUGAGUGGCUAAAUGAAAUAAGAAAAGUACAUUUGAAUUGGGAAAAACAAAUUUGAAUUUAAAAUGAGGAAAAUGAAAUUUUCAAGGCAUUGCAUUUAAUUUCCAGUUGCACCAUAUACCCUGACCCAGACAAAUUUGAAUUUGUAUAAUCCAAAUACAAUUCUGUUUGCACUGUUGUCUUUAAGUACUCUUCAUUUGUGAAUGAGUUUCAGUGCAUCACAUCAGUUGCCUUGUGCCACGUGUCUCUCCCAGUUCAAAAUACAGAUUAUCUUCUGGGGACAGGGCUGUGAUAUCACUUCAAAAGCAAUUGAGUUACUCAAGUGGACGUGCAUUGUGGUUGGACAAAAAACUUUGUAUCUUUAAAAAAAUAUGUAUCAGUUUUUCAGGAGUGCAAAAAAAGCACUCUUCCUCCAGUAUUGACCAGUGGACAUUUUUCAAAAUUUCAUAGCAGUUUUUAAUCACCUGCCACGGGGACUUCAGAAAAUAUGUACAGCAGAUGAAGAGCUGUUUAAAAUUUCAGUUGAAUUACAAAAAGAAAAAAACAUUUGUAGUUGUGAGUUUUUUCCUGGAACAGCAGUGAUGUGAAAGUUCCAGAUUAUGCCACACCACCUGUAUUAAUAUACUAUGCAUCAUUUCCAAGAUAGGGGUCAGUUCACCUCAGUUCAGUUGUUUGAGGAAGCAGAUUGUCUUCAAACCUGAAACGAGAGGGCAGUCAUAUCCAUCCCAUUAACUGGUGACUGAAAACAGAUGCUUUACCAGCUAGUCUAUUGCACUUUGAAUUUACAUUUAAACUGACUGAACUGACCCCAGCACUUUUCACUACACUAUCACAGGGAUAUCAGAGAGUUCAAAGAAUGUAGUACGUUUUUGGCAUCCCAUUUCUGUUGACCAAGCUGCCAAUAUGUGACAAGAGCAUACACACAAAAAUCAUCCUUGUGAAAAUUCACUUUGGUUACCUAUGGUUUUUAUGUAGUAACCACAGCUUUACUAUGGUACUUAAUGGUAACUAUACUUUAAAGGUAUUCUAUAGUAACAAUGAUUCACUGAUAGUAAUACUAUAGAAAAAAAUAUGGUUAAACAUAGUAAAAUCAUGGUCCAGAAACUAAAGCCAUAAGUACCAUAGUAUUCCUGCUGUAGUAAACCAUGGUUCAUUUUCAUAAUUAGAUCACUGGCUCUGGGACUCCAUGCUAAAACUUUAGCACUCACUGUAUCAGUACUUGUGAUAUGAUAGUGUACAGUUCAGCACAGAUCUGAUCACUCAGCAAAGUGCAUGCUGAAGUGCUAGUGUUGGGGCCUCUUGUUGCUCAACACAUUGUGUGCUAAAGCAUUUGUGUGGCAAUUAUUAUCAUCAACUUAUGGAGCUUUCCUUUGACAGUCGGAUGUUCCCGCCAAAUGUGCUCUAUUGCAGCUGACAUGGACACCCACAAGGAGAUGGAAAAACUUUGAUCUGUCCACUGACAGUAAAUGACUCGCUAGCAAAAGUCAAUGGCGAUAGCUGAUGACCCUAGCUAACACGAGCAGCUGACGUUAACUAGGCUACCAAUAGCUAGUCAUCUUCACUGCUAGUGCUAGGUCCAUUCAUCAAAUUAAAGAAUGCACUGCUAUAAGUCUGUACCAUUGUAAAAUAAAGACUAGAGAGAAGGCUAGACUGCAGUUGAACAUCAAAUAAGAGAAAAGGUUUGUUUAUUGCUGACUGUGUUUGCCAUUUGUUGCGAUGUCAUAUAUAGAUAUUUUGGCAACUGAGCUUUCAGAUCUCCUUAUUUCUUCCUUAAGAAUUCUGACUUCAUUGGUGUUCCUUUACACUUUUCACAAUUGGAAGUCAGAUUUGUCUUAUAGUUUCAAGUUCAGCUCCAUGAGUGUAUGUUCAAGUUUCAGCUUGGAGCACCACAGCUAGUGAUCUACUCGGGACACUUGGAUGAUUUUGAUGGCUGUGGUCUCAUCACUUAAUGAGCUGGCCAAUGGGAUACUUGUAAUCAUAGACACUUCUGAUAUUGCAUGCUGGGCUGAGAAAUGUUCCUCAUCAACAGUCAAAGAUGUCAUGCUGGCAAUCAAAACAUUGUCCAUAAAGGUGUUGUUGGAGCAUGACAGUGUGUGGGUGCAUCUUUGAUUUUUCAGUGGACAGUUUAUCAAAAACUCACUGGAUUCCUUUAAGAAAGAUGUAAGUUAGUCAGUGCUGCUCAUUUGUUAGCUCUAAAUAAACGUCAAAUAAUUCAAAAUACAUGAACACAUUUCUUGUAGUCUCAAAAGAUACAGCACACACACUGUACUGCUCAUGAUAAUGUAAAGUCUUUGAUGCACAAGUCAAGCGACUUUAGAGAUGGUGGGAAGCAAGGAUCAGGUCUCCCCUAAAGGUCAAAGGUCAAAGGUCAAAUACAUCCAUAGAAUCCCAGAUUUUACUAUGCUAGAUUUACACAGACACAAACCAAUUGGAUUUUUCCUGACUUUUGUGACUUGCUGAUUCAUUCUGACUUUAUUCCAGAUUAUUUUUGUAACAUUUUCUUUAUUAUACAACAGAGAGAAAAUGUGACCUGCAGUAAAAUUCAAGUUUCAAAGACAUUCAGGUUUUUUUUUUUGUUUUUUUUUUUGUUUUUUUUUUGUAAUAAAUCUAUUUUUGAGUCACAAAAGGGUUAAAUCAGAUUUGGUCUUCCUUUGUAAAUCUAGCUUGCCUGUAUGUUUGGACUUUACCUUUUAUUGUGAGUGUGUUUUAACUGGUUUGUGUGCGAGUGUAUCUAUUAGACUGAAAAUGAAAAAUGUUGACUUAUUCAUACUCUGUGUGUGCGCAUGUGUGUGUGUGUGUGUGUGUGUGUGUGUGUGUGUGUGUGCGUGUGUGUGUGUGCGUGUGUGUGUGUGUGUGUGUGUGUGUGUGUGUGUGUGUGUGUGUUUUCACGUAUGCAAGUGUAUGUAUACUAUGUACUAUGUUGAAAACUUGCCAUUAAGAGAUAUGAGACUGUGUUUACCUUUGGUUGCUUAUUCCUCCUGUUCUCGCUGUGUGUGUCAGUGCGUGUGUAUGACAAGCUGGCCUGUACCUGCUGCCUGGUUGCUGUGAUAUUUUAUGACUGUUUAUUAUUGUGUUCAAAUCUAUUUUCCCAUGUUUCCUUAUUGACUCAUUAAAUAUUAACAUACAAAAACUA